UUAAAAAAUGGCGUAAGUUUUAUCUGUUGCAUUGUUUAUUUUACAUAUUUUUAAUGAAUUUGAACAACUUAUUGACUGAAUUGAUUAGUGAACAAUCGUAAAAAUGUCUCGCGCGAAGUCUCGUCAGAAUCUUGAAGUUUGUGGUGAUUGUGGGGCACUGGAUGCUACAUGGGCGUCAGUUAAUAAAGGUAUAUUAUUGUGCACACAAUGCUGUAGCAUUCAUCGUAGUUUGGGAAGACAUAUAUCACAAGUUAAAUCGUUAUUGAAGAGUACAUGGCAUCCGAAUCAAUUGAAUAUGGUUUGUUCAUUAAAUAAUAAUGGAGCAAACAAUAUAUGGGAACAUGCUUUACUUGAAAAUGGAUCGAAAUUAAUGAAAAAGAAACCGAAUGCAAAAGAUCCCUUAAGUGUUAAACAAGAGUAUAUAAAGGCAAAACAUCUGCAUUGUGCAUUUGCUUUUCGAGAAAACUAUGGCGAUGGGUUGUUAAGCGUUGAAAAUGAGUUGGGAAAACAACUGCACGCUAGUGUACGAACUCCUAACCUCGAAACCUCAUUCCGACUUCUAGCUUUAGGAGCAGAUCCUAACUAUUUUCAUGAUGAAAAAGGUUCUACACCUCUACAUGUAGCGAUUAAAUCUGAGCAGAAAUUACAGAUGGAACUCCUUUUAGUAUACGGCGCAGAUCCAACUUGCCCCGAUAACAAAGGCAAGACUGCUAUAGAUUACGCAAGAUCACAACCGAACAAGGAUUUGGCUAAUCGUUUAAUAGAAAGUCAGUACGAGGUUACAGACACUUUCAGUUAUUAUUUAUCUCUCAGGAAACCAGACCACACCAGUGUAGUCCAUUUCCAUAUACCUCAGUCAGGUUUUAAGUCUAACGCAACAUCUUUGUCAAAAUUGCAAAAGUUGAACAAUCACAUAUUUGAGGAGCUGGCAAUGGAUGUAUUUGAUGAAGUAGAUAGAAGAGAAACGGAAGCAAUUUGGCUUAGUUGUGCCGAUACUACUGACCUAAACGAUGUACCGUUCCUACCAGUCGACAAUACACUGUCAACCACGAGAAACCAAGGCAGACAGAAGUUAGCUAGGUUUUCCACCCCUGAACUGAAAAGCUUGGUUUAUGAUGUACUCAUCGACACACAACGAAGGCAGAUGAUUGCCGAGAAAGGAAGUAUGUUACAGCUGAGAGAAACGUCGGUUGUGGACGACGAUCCCUUGUACGAUUCGGUAGCCUCUGAUGAGGAUUACGCCAUGGUUCCUGAAGAAGAGAAAUCCGAUCUAGCCGUCUCUGAAAAACAUCUGACUAGCAGUAGUAGUAUAUCACUGGAUAACGUCAGCAAGACAAAUCAGAUACUUGAACAACUCACAAAACAGCUGAAGAACUCGGACAGCACCAUAACAGACUUGAGGGCAGAGGUGAUGAAACUCAGACAGUGCGUUAAGACUUUGCAGAACGAAAAUUUCGAACUGAAGAGUAAAUUGUCCCAGACGAAACUGUAUUCGAAAUUGAACGGGGACAGCGGAUUCGAUUCUUUGGAGCAUAUAUCCGAGAAUCAAAACAGCGAGUACGAAUCACUACCAAACGGCAAAGUAGCCGACGAAGUGGAUCUGCAUCUGAAUCGCAGAAAUCAGAGGCCUUCGAGCAUGUACGAAACUAGAGAAGGUAUUGGCAAAGUGCCAUACUGGCACGCCAUGAAAAAUCAGCUUAAGCAAAACGAACAAACACGGAACACCACACAGAGCCUCUAUUCCUCACCCCAAGACCGGCAGACUGUCUUACAGUGUACAGAACAGAUCACUAGAACCAUUCAGCAGCUGUGCAAGAGCAUUCAAGAACCGGAAAAGGAGGAUUGUGUGCCUAGUGCGGAGAAAGUUAAAUAUUCCAUUGCGAAAUUGGCGUCCCAUUUACCCAAGGACACAGAAGCGGCACGAGUAAAGUUGAUGCAAGAGGUAGCCUCGCAGCUCCAACCGGAGUGUUCCGCUUUACAGCUGUCAGAAAAGAAAGGGGACGCGAAGGCCGUCGAGUGUCAUUUCAGCAACAUAAGGGACUUAGCUUUCCAUCUUGCCAAGUUUACCAAGGACAUCGUUACGAUGUAUUCCUCGAAUCAGUGACACCUCGGCUUGCGUCGUUCCGCCUUUCGAUACAUUCUGAAUCUAUCUCACUAAUGUUCCCACAGUAAUUUAUUUCGUAGGUAAGGAAUCACUUUCGGAAAAUGUAAUUCGUAAGAAUUUUUUGAUGUCCUAUUAAUAAAUGAAACUGCGUCAUUAUUUUUAAACAAAUAAACGAAACUUGAUCAAAUUACACUUCUGUUGCGGUUUAUGUUCAUAUUGUGAUUAGAUUUGCUCAUUUAGCGAUGAGUGUGAGGCUUGAAUGGAAAUGAAAGUAUUUUAUAUCUUUACGUUCUGAGAUAUUCCUAUUUAUCUAGAUAUAUUU